AUGGACCCCGAAAACAAGUUGACCGCAAAAAGAUGCAAGAAUUUUUCAGGCAAGGCUCUAGUCGAUGAGCUAGAAAAGCGUCGCUCCAAACUUUAUAGAGCUUUGGUACGCGGCUGGAAAAUGCGCAUUCCACGACGACGAUGGAUAAACUUGAGAAAGUUCCCCAUGCGCGAAAGAUAUGACAUUACUUCGAGCUCUGUCUUGUUAUCAGAACUUCCUAUCGAGAUACGAAUCAAGAUCUUUGAAUAUAGCUUUCGCGGUCGCAAUGUUGAAGUCUGUGUAGAUUUUGACAUUUCCAUGGGGUAUGAUUUAGAGCUUCAGGUUGAAGUUCCUGAUUAUCCAGAUCGAAUUGCCCAAUGUACCACAAUUACACCGAGUCCAGUAACUCUUUUCGUCAACCACGAAAGUCGAAUGGAGACACUUAGAUGCUACACCAACCUUCUACCAGAUGUCUCCUACAUCCCGAUCUAUUUCAACUACCAGCUAGAUUCCUUUGCUACUCGUCACUAUUGCUCAAGGCAUAAUAUUCGUGGGUGCGACACCAUGGAGAAACUCUCAUGGGGAAUUACGCACCUAAUUGACAUUUCGUCGUCAGUACUCUUGAGACCAAUCAGAUCGUUGACAUUUCCGACUUACUUCAUUUAUGACUAUGGUAUCAUUAAUAGGCACCGUCCACAACCACAAGGGAGCAUCUAUAGCACAUUUAUCGAACCGCUUCUGGCCGAGUUCGAUUGUUUGGAAGAGAUUAUCAUGAUAAGUGGCAGGCCGCAAAAAGACUCCCAAAGCUCUGGAUUUGACAACUCAACUGAGUGCAACAUCUAG